GGAAGGCAGUUCGGGGUUCUUUCAAAUCUCAAGGACGGCAUGCAAACUUUUUGAUAAACUUAGGUCAUCUUUUUAUCAACUGCUUUUCAUAUGGACACAGUAUGUUACAGGUCUCGUUUUUCCAUAGGUUAUUCAUAGAAAAAACUUCCCGAGAGGUUCUUCAGGAAGAAGGCAGAGGCCUUCAACCGAAAGGUUAAAUAUGCUAAACAAAGUGUCACUCAGGUAGCGGCACUACACAAUGUAUUGCCUGGCUAUCUUGAGAAGGAAGAUGAAAGUGAGAUAAUCACUCAAGAUGCUAUGUUGAAAGAAGUUGAUAUUGGUUCCGCAACUAAGGUAAAAUACUAUAAGCUUUAGGCGAAUAUGAAAACUAGCGUUUUGAUGUUAAACUACAGUAUGGACCGUAUGCGAUUGAUUAUUCACGAAACGGCAGGUAAAUUGGCUGCCAAACGCUUGUAAAAAAGACAGAUUUUUAGCCCUGUGUGGUAAAUCAGGUCACAUAGCGGCAUUCGACUGGAUGGUGAAGAAGCUUCUUUUUGAGAUCACUGUCUCUAACGAAUGCAAGGAUGUUAAGUUUCUUCACCAAGAAACGUUCGUUGCCGUUGCAGAGAAAAGAUAUGUUUCCAUAUAUGACAAUCAAGGCUUAGAAGUACAUUGCUUGAAAAAACUGAGUGGGAUAUUACGAAUGGAAUUUCUCCCGUAUCAUUUCCUUCUGGUGUCUUCCGCUGACAAUGGAUUUCUUUAUUACCUAGACUGUUCUAUUGGUACGAUUGUCGCUUCAAUACCUACAUAUAUGGGGCGCCUUGGUGUUAUGUGUCAAAACCCUUCUAACGGAGUUAUUUGCACAGGACACAACGAUGGUGUUGUAUCUAUGUGGGUACCUUCAGAGAAGUCAUACGUUAUUAAAAUGUUCGCCCACCCAACUGCCAUUACUUCGAUUGCUUGCGACCAAACUGGAAGCUACUUGGCAACCUGUGGAGUUGACCGAAAACUAAAGAUUUGGGACUUGAGGUCCACUUAUGAUCCUCUUUCCGAAAUCCUGCUGCCUAUGUCUGCUUCAACAAUUAAUUUCAGUCAGAAAGGUUUAUUAGCAUUGGGUGCUGCUAAUACCGUACAGAUUUUACGUGACCCCCAUUCCAUUCCACCGUCCAAUGCAUCAAAAAUCUUUGAAACCAUUUCACCUAAUGUUAACCGACGAGUAAUUUCGAAUGCUUAUCUUUCUCACUACGCGGUUCAUCCAGUUUAUCGUGUACGCUUUUGUCCUUAUGAAGACGUUUUAGGAGUAGGUAGUUCCGCUGGGAUUUCAUCCAUUCUUUGUCCUGGGAGUGCCGAACCUAAUUAUGAUGGUUUAGAAGAAAAUCCUUUUGCCAAUAAACGUUAUAGGCAAGAAAGAGAAGUUAAACGACUUUUGGAUAAGAUUCCAUAUACAAUGAUUUCAUUAAAAUCAAUCGUUGGUGAAGUUCGUCGUGAAGACCUUUUAGAAGAAUGGGAAAAAAAGAAAGCUGUAUUACUUGGACAAGUUCCCAAAGUCGAUACACCUGCUAUUAAACGAAAUAAACAAAAAGGUAGAUCAAAACCUGGCCGAAUCGAGGCAAAAAAGCAAAAUAUACACUUUGAACGUAAAAUGUUUACUAUCAAAGAAGUUUUAGGUGUACGGGAAGCGGAAGAGAAGUUACGACGAAAAGUUUCUUACAAAAAAAUCAAUGAUAUAAGCACAUUACCGAGACCUAGUGAAGCUUUAGUAACAAAAAAGAAAUUAUCGAAAAGACGCACAAACACUGCUCUUGAUGUGUUGAUCCCACCAAAAGAAUUUUAAUUUUUAAAUCUUAAUUUCUUUAUCGUUCUCUAACUAACUGUUUGUCUUCAAGUUCUUUUCUUAAAUUUCCCACUAAACUUUUUAAAAUCAACGAAUCUACAUUGCUUUAUGUAUAAUUGUCAAUGGUUGACAAUUGUAUUACUGUAAUUUAUUGAAAUCAUAAUGUACAGUUUACAUUUGAUACAAAUAAAAAAAGUAUUAAGAGGUUAU